GCGCAUGAUCAGUUUAUUUCAAAUACACGUUUGCUGCAGCAACGACGUCGUCAGUUUACAUGAACAAUUGUUUCGCCCGUUAGGCCCCAAAAGACCAAGAUAACAUGAGCGUCACAGAGAUAUGUGAGAACACCAAGAUGGGGCGUGAAUACGCCCUCCUGGGGAACUACGACACAUCUUUGGUGUACUACGAGGGCGUGCUUCAGCAGAUCCAGAAACUUCUGGUUAACAUCAGGGAACCGGAACGCAAACAUCAGUGGCAGAAGGUGAAACAAGAUCUAGCCAAAGAGUAUGAGCACGUCAAAGACAUCAGUAAGACACUGAACAGCUUCAAGACAGACCCAGUAGACCCCCCAAGCAGUGCCCCAGCUUAUAGGCAGCCAGCACCUUACUCUCAGCCCCAGGAACCCCCUAGAGAUCCCGAUGUCUGGCCACCACCAACCCCAGUGGAGCACAGGCCAUCACCCCAGUAUCAGCGAGGAGCCCGCAAGGACCCUCCGCGGCGGUCCGAACCUAGCAAGCCGUCCAGGGGUGCACCCGCACGAGAGCAGCCACGCCCAUCGGGUGGGCGUGGUCCCUCUUACGGUGACAAGAGGAACGACGGCAGGGGCAGAGGUGGUGGCCGGGACGACAGGAAGGUCAAUCGCAAAGAUCGGGAUGCCAAAGGCUCAGCAAAUGCCGAGGAAGGUGACGAGAAGAAAUUUGACCCCUCUGGUUACGACAAGGACUUGGCUGAAAAUCUGGAGCGAGACAUUGUACAGAAAAACCCGAAUGUCCACUGGAGUGACAUAGCUGGCUUGACUGAAGCCAAGAGGCUGCUUGAGGAGGCUGUAGUUCUACCGCUCUGGAUGCCAGACUAUUUCAAGGGAAUCCGUAGGCCGUGGAAGGGGGUUUUGAUGGUUGGUCCACCAGGAACUGGCAAAACAAUGCUGGCCAAAGCCGUGGCCACCGAAUGCGGAACAACAUUCUUUAACGUCAGCUCUUCAACGCUGACUUCCAAAUAUCACGGCGAGUCGGAGAAACUGGUGCGAAUUUUGUUUGAAAUGGCACGGUUCUACGCGCCCAGCACCAUCUUCAUUGAUGAGAUCGACUCCAUUUGCAGCCAGAGGGGUGGGGCCUCUGAGCACGAGUCCAGCCGGAGGGUGAAGGCAGAACUCUUAAUUCAAAUGGAUGGUGUGACAGGCGCCACAGGUGGCGAUGACUCUACAAAGACAGUGAUGGUCCUGGCAGCUACCAACUUUCCCUGGGACAUUGACGAGGCAUUGAGGCGUCGACUAGAGAAAAGAAUUUACAUUCCACUCCCCUGCGCCGAGGGUCGGGAGCAACUGCUGCAAAUUAACACCCGGGAGGUGCCUCUGGAAGACGGCAUCGACAUGAAAGAAAUUGCCAAGAUGCUGGAGGGUUACUCAGGCGCCGAUAUCACGAAUGUCUGCAGGGACGCCUCCAUGAUGGCCAUGCGGCGUCGCAUUCAGGGCCUUCGGCCCGAGGAGAUCCGCCUGAUCCCCAAGGAAGAGUUGAACCAGCCCACAUCCAUGGACGACUUCCGCGAGGCCAUCAAGAAGGUCAACAAGACAGUGGGGAAAGAGGAUCUGGUCAAGUAUGAGAAAUGGAUGGAUGAAUUUGGAUCGGCGUAACCCCACCUUAAGUGCCUUACGCACAGAGCGGUUUUAAGAUGCACAAAAGAUUUGAACCAGUUUUUUCAUGUAAAGUAGCACUUUACAUGGCACCCUAGUAUUUUCACAUUUAUUUUACUUAUUCUCAUUGUUGAUUUCUAAGCCACCUAGUUUAUGAAAUUGAAGUUAUUUUUGAGUGUAUUCUACAUUAAUGACUUGGAGUGUCCCCUCAAGAACAUCUGAAAAGUCUCUAUCAAGUUAUUCGUGUGAUGUUUUUCCAUUAUUAAUCAUACUUAGACAAUAAUAAUAAUAAGGCACUUAUAAGGCGCACUUCAUCUGUAAACAUUCAAAGGCGCCGGUCCAAGGUAGAAAGCGAAAACUCAAUUUUGUGUUCACGAUGAAAAAGCUAGUGAGAUAAAGAAUGUUUUGAGAUGCUGCUGAAAAUGUUUGAUGUCAUGUUCUUGUCCUAAAUGAUCAGGGAGUUCCAUAAGUGAGGUGCAAUGCUAGAAAAAAAGCUCUGUCUCCAUAACUGGUCAGCCGAGUCCGGGGAACAACAAGGGUAUUGUUGACCUCGGACCGGACCUGACCCAGUGGGGUUGCAGCAUGUUUGUUAAACAAAAAGGGCCAGAGCCGUGGAGUGUCUUGAAUGUGAGAUGGAGGAUCUUGAACUGAAUUCUGUAUUUGAUCGGUAACCAGUGUAGCUUGUUGAGGAUGUGAUCUGUUCUUUUGGAGCUUGUUAGAAGACAUGCGGCGAUAUUCUGAUCUGUUCUUUUGGAGCUUGUUAGAAGACAUGCGGUGAUAUUCUGUUCAAGUUGCCGACGAUGAAUUGUACGGUGUGGAAGACCAGUGAGCAGGCUGUUCCAAACGUCGAGUUUGGUAGUAACAUAAGCUAGAUUUAACUAGCUUAUGCUGUGGCCUUCAAAUGCUAAGUUUUGUGAAGUUCACAAUUUUUUAAUACCUGAAAACAAAGGAGCAAAGACAUUCUAUCUGGUUACAACAGUUUGUGAUGAUUAAAUAAUUUGUCCAUUGACACGAAAACUUACUUAAAGAAAUUCCGCUCAGACUGUAUCUGAAAAACUUUUCCAUUGUUUUGGUAAUACAUUCAGAUCACACCAAUUGUAAAAGUAAAAAUCAUUCUUCUGGAGAAAUGAAUUCUGAUGCACAUAUAGAGAUUCGUUUUGUUCAGUUAUUUCUCCUAGUUUCAUGCAUGUAUAUACACGUUUUUCAGUCGAACACUCUGCGUGUAUUAUGCAUGUGACCCUUCUGGGUUAGAAGAUUAAUACAUAAUUCAUACAUUAAUACAUAUUCAUGUAUUUAAUUUGGAGUUAUUCCUCCAAACUGCUUAUGCCGGUGGUUGCUGUGAGCUUAUUAAAAUAAAUUAUUAAUCCA